ACCCACCCGCCCGCCCCGACCCAGGCCCCGACCCAGGCCCCGCCGCCACCCGCCCGACCCCGGCCCCAAGGCCCCGCCGCCCGCCCGACCCGACCGCCGGCAACAUGGACGAGAGCAAGGUGGUGGGAGGCAAGGUGAAGAAACCGGGAAAGCGAGGCCGCAAACCGGCUAAAAUUGAUUUGAAGGCGAAGCUUGAGAGAAGUCGCCAGAGCGCCAGAGAAUGCCGAGCGAGGAAGAAGUUGCGCUAUCAGUAUUUGGAGGAACUUGUAUCUAGAAGAGAGAGAGCGAUCUGUGCCCUGCGAGAAGAGCUGGAGAUGUACAAGCAAUGGUGUACAGCAAUGGAUCAAGGGAAGAUACCGUCAGAAAUAAAAGCACUUCUGACCGGGGAUGAUCAAAGCAAAGCACAACAGUCCACAAACAAGCUAGGAAAGACAAAACCAGAAGGAAGUGCAAACUAGUCCUAAGAAUUACCUGAAAAUGAUGGCGUGGAAAAGACCAACAAAAUCAAUCCUUUGUCCCUGCUAGUUUAAUGUUGUGAACAAUGUAAGAUUAUCAGAAAGCUAAAAUAAUUGAUUGCAUCCUAUGUCAUAGUUACAAAUGGUUUAAUUAGUAUGGAUUUUUAGCUAUGCUGCAUAUCUGUAAGUAAUGUAAAUUGUCCAAUUCCUAUAGGAUGCUCCUUGUAUUUUGUAGUUAAUUUAAAAUAAAAAUUGUAGAUUGAGAGCAAGUUUGAUCCCAGAGCAAUAUAUUUGUUGCAGUUACCAAAUUAUUAAAAAAGGGAUUUAAUAGUGUAAA